UUAGAAAGCAUUUGAAUAUGGAUUCUACAAAACUAAAGCAAUUCUUGCUUCUCAAAGAACUUGAACAACAACAAAUUACGGUCAACCAUGACAAGUUGCGGAGACUGGAUUCGGGGCGGAAACCAAACAUCAUCUUUGAAUCCGGUGGAACCAAAACAGACAAUGCUUGGAACCGUCGUGGUUCUUCAACAGCUUCGUCGGAUUCCGGAUUUCCGAUUUCACCGAGCCCGCCUCCGUCGGCAAACUUUAAGACUCCGAAAUCGGACGUCUUUCCCCAUUCAUCAACUAUGCAUGCUCUUGGCGAACAAUCCGACGACGAAUUAGAUGUUCCUCCUUUACCAACAUCUCAUCCCCCUGAAGUCUUAAUGCGUCCAUUUUCACCGGAUGCCACGUCUACAUUGAAUUCUAGUGAAAAUAAUACUUUUCUAACACAAACAACAGCUAAUGAUAACAGAGAAUCUUAUGACUCCCAGUCUGAUUCCACUGACACUUCGUCUUAUGACAGCUCUGAGGAAUCAGAUUCUUGUAAUCAUUACGUAGUAACAGAGGAAACGUCACAACAAAACACAGUUUGUCUGCUGCCAUUUGAGAUUUCAAAACUAGAAGGAAGUGUUAAAACUGUGAGAAGUAAAAUAAAACCGGGUACAGUACAAAAUAUUACAACGAUAUUUUCAAACAAAGCGAGACGAAUCAAAAGAGAAAAUAAAAGGAGAAAACGAAAACCAUUUUUACGUAACUCGAAAGAUGGGGAAAAUCGAAAUAAUACAUGUAUAGGAGAGCUCAAUAAAACGGGUGACCAUGCUCUGGAGAUUGUCGGUCAGGAGAGAAAUUCUAAAUCACCAAACAAUGAUAGCGAACAUGAGAUUGAGACAGAUGAUACAUGUAUUUUACAGAAGAAUACAAAUGUGCAUUCACAGUCUUCAGAUUCAGAGGAUGUUCUACAUUUUGCAUUUUCAGGUCAAAAUCAAGAGUAUUACACAAACCCAACGGGGAAAACAAAAUCUCAGCUGGGUGACAAUAAGAGGUAUAAAGAUGGUGAGUCAAAUUUUGUAAACAGUUGUAUUUCUUCGAGUGCAACUGACGAUAUUGGCCUUGGAAACAAGGCUUUACAAACAACUUCAGUUGAAUUAAAGGAAGUGUCUCGGUCGAUAAAUUCGGAUAAUGAAAAAACUGUAGGUGUGCAUCAAUGUGUUUGUGAAAAUGAAAUAGUUAAAAAUAAAAGAAAUUCCAAAGAAGAUGUAAACUUUAUUCAGGAUGAAACUCAAGCUUCAAAAACUCCUUCAAGCUUAAAGAGUAUUGCCAGUAUCUCCGAUGGCAAUACUGGGGGUUUUGUUGAUAAGUUUGCCGUGUGCAAUAUAUAUCAGACAGGAAAAAGGGACUCAGAUAUACCAGAAACUGAAAUUACAGAAUCUCACACCUGCUUGGACAAUGUUCAAGAAAUUUACGCACCAUCGGUGAAUGAAAUAUUGGACGGGAAAAGCGAAAUAAGUUCUGAAAAGGUUUUUGCAUUACAUCACAGUCCAGUGCCUGACCUUCGGAGAGGUCAAUCUCAAACUUCUAGGCCUAAAUUGAAUGAGAAUAGACAGGAAACAGACUCCGAGUCGUCAGAGGAAAGUGAUUUGAAUGACUCUCAGGAGGAAAACAAAUAUGGUUCACCCGAGAUUCCCUCGGGUGGAUCCAGAGAGGCCAGUCCGUGCCACACAGCGGGCAGUGUAGAGGACGGAAUAUUAGAUUUACAGAAAGCCGUGGAAAGGAAUAACGCAUUGCUCAGUCGAAAUCUGAAGGAAAACUCAAAACUCCUGGAUUCGCUUGAAGAUGAUGUUGAAAGUGAUAGCAGUAGCGAUGACAAUGUUCAUUCAAACGGAGAAUAUUUAAUUUCUGCAGUGAACUCUUGCCAAAAUGAUGUCAGUUUUGGUGACAAACAGACUAAAAGUCACGCAGAUAUGGAGGGUGGGUACAAAAGUGUGAUCAACUUAGAGGGAGAUAAUAAUAGUAAACAACCGCAGGGAACAGUCAGUCAUAAGGAAGAAAUUGCUACUGUAGAUCUAAGAGAUGUACAAAAAAGCACUGCCUCAACCGACGCUGUUGUCUACAGCUCAUCGCCAUCUAACGAAAAUCAUCGUGAUUUACUGGAUUAUAAUGGCCCUGGGUCCAUGGAGGGCCAUAUGAAAAAUAAUAAUAGUUUGAACGAUUCAAGUGUGUCUGGAGAAUGUACUUUCCAAACUAACAGUACAAGUCUUUCCAUAACUAAAUUAGCGAGUGUUGAAACAGUAUCCCCUCAAACUAAAGAGGAAUCUCGUAAAUAUGCUGAAUGUGUAAAUACUGCUCCUCAAAUUAAUGAAAAUUGUGAGAAAGUUUCCUGUGACAGCACAAACCUUACCACUAACAUAGUGAAUGACACUGGGCUUCAUGGAAACCAUGUUCGCAUCAUUUGUCAUGACCACCAAGUUAACCAAGAUGAUGGAAAUGAUAGAGCAAAGGUGAUACAACAGGAAUGUGAAAAUGCAGAAAACAAAGUUUAUGAAAGUAAAACAUUGCCAUUUGUCAAGUGUAAUCCUUUAGAAAAAGAGCGCAGCGAGGCGUAUCUGGCUCGGGGCACUCAACGCGUCUCAGGAGUGACAGCUAACGUAUCUACAUACGCUACACCUUACCACCAGGUAUCAGAAGGCAGUACACAUCCAAGCGGAGAGCAGCAAAGCUCAAGUGUUCCCGAAUUUUAUGCUUUGCCAGGAUCAUUUAAAACCGACAAAAUAGUGUCCUUAAAAGAAUUGUCCGGCAUCGCCCGGUCGAUGCCGGACAGGUAUUCCGGAUACACUUCGUCCGGAUCGGAUAGUUCCAGCUACACGGGAGGCAGGAAGGUCCGCACUAAGACAACAACAUUACGCUCAGGAAGAGGGGGUGACAGAGCGGAGGAAAAUUUGGAUAUAGAGUCCAAUACGCAUUUAAAACAUCUGGCCGAAACCAUUUCUAAGCUGAAUGGGGAAAAUAACGAUGAGCUCUUACCGGAAAUAAAUCAGACAGUGACCAAGUUACCGGGCGGAAAUUUAGUGAUUACAACAUUAACGCACAAGAUUGUGGAAGAAGAAGAUGACGAAAAGAAGGUCACCCAUCCUCCACAAACUGAAGAAGACGACAGACGAUAUAUCGUACAAGACCACAAAGGAAACUAUUACAUGGUGGAAGAUAUUACGGAUGAAUCUCAAGAGAGUGCUUACUUCAGUACCUCCUCAGAAUCUCACAAUACUUCAGACGGGUUUGGAUAUAGUGGUCAGAAUUUCCAAGGCAUCUACAAUCUACAGGCUGUUGGGAGAUCAGGCAUUGAUCACGACACUGCAGAGGAGGUAUUGCUUGGUCUGUACAAUCCUGGUGGGUAUAUGCAAAUCCAAGAAAUAGACGAACGCACCGGAGAAGGUCAUUAUCUCCGAGAACACUAUAGACCUGGUGGUCAGUGUGGUACUAUGUCUUCUGAUACCUCCUACAACAAACAACUGACUAGUUACGAUGAAACCGACAAGGUACAUCGCCCCAUACCUCAGACCAUUGGUUCAUCAUCGGUCAAGACAGUGCGGCAUUCCUAUGAAAUGGAAAAAGAAGAAGGUGACCAAGAGGGUUACAGGAGGAGCGAGGCUAUGCAGACUUCACAGUCCCAUGCAGAUAACACUGGUAUCAGCAAUUCAAAUUCCUCUUACAUGAUGGAGGCGAGUGCCUUGAUGUACCCACCGGUGCUUCCUCCACCCGUGAUAAUGCCGCCACCUAUUGUACCGCAACCACCUGUCCCGGUCUGUCACAUGGCUGUAGUAGACGUCACGCCUUCUCCCCCUAAAAUUGAAGAAACCAGGGAAGAAAGAACAGAAAAAGUAGAAGUCAGACCAAAGGAUGUAGAACGCCCAAUCUACAAGUCAGUUGCUCUUGUUAAAGGUCCGUAUGAGGCACCAAAAUGGCAGAAACAACGCCGAGAAUUCAUACCUGCAGAAAUAGAGGAUAAGAAAUGUGUGGUUUUAAAUAGCAGAGCGACUGAAGACAGACAUGAAGAAACUGUUGAGGAAGUGACUACUAAGGAAUAUUACACAAUGAAAAUGUCGUCUGGUGGUGUUACAGAAGAUGGAUUUCAUAACAGAUCUUCUAUUGAAACUCAAGCUCCGCACAAAUUCAAAACCGAGAAAGUGUUCCAGAUAAACGGUUCGGCACCAUCGCCAAUUGCUGACAGACAUUUUAAGAGCAAAUUUAACGUUACGACAGAGAGUCGCCCUGUACCUAUUUCUAACGAAUCAAGACAGACAUUCUCCACAAAAUAUCAAGUGAAGAACGAUUUUGAUCGUCAUCAUGAUGCUUUUCCGCGUCACCAUGAUGCUUAUCAGCGUCAUCAUGAGACUUAUCAAGGACAUCAAAGUGCUCCCCAGCGUCUCCAUGAUGUUUAUCAAGGUCAUCAUGAUAUAUACCAAAAUCAUACUGGGGAAGAGAGAGACAUUCACGUCGUUAGAGGGAAUAUUUUGAUUAAGAAUAAUCUGGACCAGGAUCUAGACGAGUAUAAUGAUAAUAUUAACCUGUUUGACCAAGCCUUUAACAUGACGAAGGAGAACCCAGUUUAUCAUAGUGAUGAGGAUAUUUAUAAGCGCUUUGAAAGGGAGAGAGAGCAAGAGCGAGCGCACAACCAGCGCUUUCAAGACAGUCUUAAUAACGACAUCACCUUUGAAACCGUAGACCGCUUCACCAAAUGUAAAGAAGUCAAAAGACAGCCUCGCCCCAAGAAGAACUUGAGUGAACUGUUACUGUCCAAACUUGCUACCAUUGACUCCAAAGAUAUACGCCAGCACAUCGACGUUAAACAUCAUCACGAGGACAUCUACGGCGAUAUUAGCCUAAUUCACGCCGACGGCAGCCGCGCCGGGCAAAACGGAACCUCCAACUUUGACUCAGUUGCAGAAAAUGUAGAUCUAAUGUUAAAGAAUGGGAAAGCUUUUAUCACAGUGACUGUGACAGCUGAGCGAAUCACCCCGAUAGAUAUAGAAUUCAAUGUGUGGCGAAAGAACCAAGCUAUCGUCACCCGCGUCAUAGAGAUUGACUUCUUCGCUAACGAGCAGCGUAGACGUCUGUACGAGACCGUGAUGGAGAGAGCGCAGACGCGAGAAACCGGAAAUGGGGGAUAUACAUAUGUCAAUCCGCGGGAAACUAUGCUAUCCAGCGAAGAAACACUGGACUUGUUCACUGAAAUCAUGGACACGACUGACGGAGAGGGGGAUAAAGAAGAUAUAACAGUACGAAAGAGUCAAAAGAAAACCAGGAUACCCGGAAAUAACCUGGACUUCCUGUACUAACCCUGCAAACCCAUCACCUCCCAUUUCGUACUUUCGGUUAGGAGGUCCAAAUAUUUAAGUGCUGACACAUAAAAACUAGCCCACUGUGAUAAAAACGGUGUAGCUGAUAUUAUUGUGCAUUCAUUCAAAUAUCAAAUGUCACUGGUAGUAUGACAGAAGACAAAAAUUCACAAUUUUAUUAUGAUAAAGGGCAAAAUGUAAAUAUUGUAAAAUAGUGAAUAUUUAUUGCAUGUAACUUACACUACAAAUGCUUGUAGUUUAUUUUUAAUGUAAGUGCUAUGUAAAAUUUUAAACGCUUAUUUGCGAACAUGUUUAUGCUUUUUUUUCCCUACGCAAUAAAACUGAUUUUUCCUUAAGCAAUAAAAAGACCAACAUUUCAAGCAUGUACAAUAUCUGUAGAUUUGAGAUCAUUUGUAACACUAAAUGAAAAUAUUUAUAAAUAAUUCUAGUUCAUGUAUAUCCGCCUGCUUUAUACAUGUACCAACAAUAUAUGACCCUGCAGUACUUACUAAAAAAUAAUUAUGUAAUGAUUUGUUUACAUUAUAAGUAUAAAAUAAAUAUAUUGGAGUUCUA